AUGGCGCCUGGACCAUUCAUUCAGAUCCCAAGCCAUCUCAAGCCGGCUGGCUUGAAUGGCCCAGAGCAGCUCGCGAUCGAGCGCAGAAAGGCGGUGAGUGCAUUAGCAAGGGGAUCGUCUCGGUGGCGCGCGGAGCAUCUGAGCUGAUCCCGUCUCCAUCUCCUUCUUGCCCCACCUGUCGCAGUCCUUUGAUGUGGGUCAAAUGACGGAGUACCUGUAUGGCAAAGAGUAUUUGGAACGUCAAGCGCAGCUCGUCGAGCUCUUGUCGAAAGACCCUGCCCUUGACAAGAGCGGCCUCAACUACAUGGGCAGAGUGGAAAAGUUUAGAGCUGCGCUCAAGAAGGACAAGCGACUGGCUGUGCUUGCCAGAGAGCACAACUGGGACUCGAACACCAUCGCACACGCCGAGAAGCUAUGCGACUUGCCAGGUGAGUAGAGCGCAGCGGAAUGGCUAUGCGCCGUCAGGCUAUUUGAUAAUGGCGCUGAGCUUUCGUGGCCCAUCAUCCCAGGUCCUUUUGGUUUGCACAAGAGCGUGAGUACGCACAGUGGCUGCAGUGGUGCAAGUGUUCGGCUGCUUGGCUCAUCUCGCCUAUGCUUUUCUUCUUGCAGAUGUUCUUGACGACUCUUGAGAGAAUGGGCACGCCAGAGCAGCAGGAAGCCUUUUUGGAGCCGGCAAGGCGUUUCGACAUUAUUGGUUGCUAUGCGCAGACGGAGCUGGGUCAUGGAAGCAAUGUGCAGUUCCUCGAGACUACUGCGACGUACGACGAAGAAGCGAAGGAGUACGAGAUCCACUCGCCGUCGCUGACCGCGAGCAAGUGGUGGAUUGGAGGUCUGGGACGAUCGGCGACACACGCAAUCGUCAUGGCUCAGCUCGUUCUCAAAGGCAAGUCUUAUGGACCUCAUCCUUUUGUAGUUCCCAUCAGAGAUCCCAAGACUAGAGAGAUGCUUCCCGGCUGCACGAUUGGCGACAUCGGACCCAAGCAAGGCUAUCAGACUACGGACAAUGGAUUCUUGCUGCUUGAUCACGUUCGCGUACCUCACUUUAAUCAGCUCGCCAAAUUUGCCAAGGUGGACCUGGAUACUGCUGUCUACGUACCUCCUCAGAAUGCGGCGCUCACCUAUGGUACGCUUACUUGGGUGCGUCAGAUGCUCCAUCAGCUCGUGCUGCGAAUUCCACGUUCGCUGAUUUGCUCUUUCGACAUCGUUUGCAGGUCCGCGCAAACAUCGUGCAAGACGCCAGGACGAUUUUGAUGCGAUCAGCAAUUGUGGCCAUGUGAGCCCGCACCGGACGUGUUUGCUUGUCGUCUGCUCGAUCAUGAUUGACCACAACUUUUCGUUGGCCUGCACAGUCGCUACUGCAGCAUUCGACGCCAAUUCGCAGAUAGAGAUGCCCCAGUCUUCUCUGCGUCGGGCAAGAAGGUCGAGAGUCAGGUGCUUGACUACACAAUGGUUCAAGCACGAAUCUUCCCCGUUCUUGCCAAAGGUAAGUGGAACAUCCUUAGGAAAGGGUCAUGAUUGGCAGGCGCUAACUGCCAGCACUCUUCCCGUUGUAUUUAGCAUUUGCCUUCCACUACACCGCUCUCUACAUGUUCCAGCUAUAUCAAGAAAACGUGUCGCUCAUCGACAACAAGGAUCUGUCGCUUUUGGCCGAGACUCAUGCCUCAUCAUCUGGACUAAAGGCGCUCACCACCAUCGAAGCUGCAGAGGCUAUCGAGACAUGCCGCAGAGCCUGUGGAGGACACGGAUUUUCGCUCGCGAGCGGACUGUCGUCCUUGUACAACGACUACUUGCCCAACGUGACAUGGGAAGGUGACAGCUACAUGCUUUCGCAACAGACGAGUCGGUACUUGCUGAAGACCAUGCGCUCAUUAUACAAGGAUCUCGAGGGACCGCCAAAGUCGUUCACUGUGGACUACAUGCGCUCGUACCUGCGCGACCCCAACGCGAAGGCGACGAUCGAGUUCAGCGGAGACCUGAUGGACCCCAUCUUCUUCAUCAAGGCGUUCGGGCACCGAGCAGCUUGGCUCGUCAAAGAGACGCUUGAGCUGCGCGACGGGCCGGCGAAGAGGUCCUGGAACAGCCUGUUGAUCGAGCUUUACAGAUGCAGCAAGGCUCAUUCUCAGGCUUUGAUCGUGUACAAUUUCAGUAUGGCCAUCUUGAAGGACGAAGCGCUAAACAGUCGGCCAGCUCUUCGGACGGUGAUGCAGCACCUCUUGCUCUUGUAUUGCGCCCACACGAUGCACGAGGAAGGCGCAGAGUUUAUGAGCUCGGGAUACAUCACGCCCAAACAGUACAGCUUGUUGUCCACCAAGAUUCAAGAGGCUAUGCACUCCAUCAGACCUCAGGCGGUGUCGCUCGUAGACAGCUUUGCUAUUCCUGAUUGGCUCCUCAACAGCGAUCUGGGUUCGUCCAAGGGAGACGUGUACGAGGUGAGUACAAGGACGGUGUGCUGAUUGCGCUCGACUCCCUUCUUUCACAAAUGCUCAGGCGACUUUCUUUUCUUGUUUCCCCUCGAUAGCGCCUCUUUGAACAUGCCGUGCGCGACCCUUUGAAUUCGACAAAGUGGAACGUCGAAAUUGACAGCGACGUCUUGGAUAUGGACGGCACGCUGCCUCAGAGCAAGCUUUGA